UUGUGACUGCGGGUCGCAUACCGAUUCUUGAAGAAUUCUAGCGAAUAAUAUUAACAAUUGUUUCAAAUUAAGGAUAAGUACUUCUACGAAAAAUAAAGUCGUCAGCAAUGGGCGAAAACGAGCCCUUACAUAUCGAGUAUGCCGACGAGACUGAGCUACUGAACGAAUUUCGCAGCUAUAUGAGUGAUUCGGAUACUCGGGAAAAAGCCGCAAACUACCUGCUGGAAUCUCUGAUCGACGAAACAAUCCUGGGAGUGGUAUUUGAGGUACACCAUGCGUAUAAGACCGGUUCCGGUGUAGCAAUUGAGGGUCAACCAGAAGACUGUAAGCCUUACACGAUUGUCGAUCUGCCGGACAUGGACGUGUUCGGUUCAUCCAACAGUAAGAAAGCAAUUGAUUGUAAUUGUCCCAACUGUAAUCGUAUAGUGGCUGCAUCCCGAUUUGCACCGCAUCUAGAAAAGUGUAUGGGAAUGGGUCGAAAUUCAUCACGAAUUGCUAGCCGGCGAAUCGCAAAUACAAGGGAUGGUGGAAACUAUUUCGGAGCAGAUGAAGAUGACGAAGAUGAUGCAGACUGGUCCGGUGAGAAACGUAAAAAGAAGAUCGCCCCGGUCAGAACUAACGGCAGCAAGAAGAACGGUAAAACUUCAUGAAAAUAAUUGACACAGGUAUGAAACACGGUGAAUCCAUGGAAGAGACGGCUUCGAUCUUCGGUAGCAGGUACGUCCGAGGGACGCACGGGUAAGUAGUCUUGUUGGUGGGCCACGUAGGAUUCAUUCUUGUUUUGGGGAGUAAUGGUGUAUUCACACACUUUUGGUAACUGCCGGUUCAAUUCGAGGAAACUCUUGUUGAGUAGAGUUGACUAUCUUUCAACUAUCUUGAUCAAUCGUGACUCAUAAAAUUUACAAAUUUGGACACAACAUUGUGGUGUACAGUUUAUUAUCCUAUUCGGAUUUGGUCAAAAUUUAUUGUAUCGAAAACGGUCGAAGAUCUAUGAAUUAGGUAUACAGUUCGUGAACGACUAAAAUAUUAUUAAUAUAUAUAUUAUAAUAGUACUAACUAUUAUAAUUACAUAGAAAAUUAACCAAUUAGGAUAUGAAAUUAUAAAUAUGAAUGUAAAACAUAGUGCUACGACUUGUUACUCUUGAGAAAACUCCUUUAAUACCAACCAUUAGUGGACCAAUAUACUACCUAUGUUCACCAAAAGGUGCUUCCCUUUGAAACAUCUGGUUGAAAGUAUUGUAGCUACCCCCUAAAAUGCAGGUUAAGAGUUAGCACAAA